AUGCAGGAGUUACUUAAAGGUUUGAUUAGCUCAAUAUUCAAGGGUGGAAGAGUGCAGCCUUCGCCUCUUCUUAUUGAGAGUGUGCUGAAGCACACACGUAUAUCCAGUAGUGCCGUGGACGAAACAGACCUGGAAAGACUCGUCAAGGCAAGGUCAUACAAUGCAUAUCUCAUGUACCGAAGAAUGUUCAAAACCGAUGCUGACAAAAUAAUGUUCUACAUAAUCGUAAGGAUGUCAAACUCGCAGUCUUCAAUUGCCGAUGAGCUGAACAGAAACCUCAAGAAAGGCGCAUUAGGAUUCGAAACAUCGUACUUUACAGAUCAUGGAAUUGGGUAUAUUAGGGACAAAAUAGACCUGCACACAUGCACAAUUGUUUUCCAAGUAUAUCAGAAUGCAUGCAUUUACAAAAAGCUCAAGUGUUUGCAAUCUUUCCACUCAAAGGCACAUUCGCAAUUCUACAGAGUUGUCAGGGAGGAACUUGAAAUAUAUGAAUGUGCUGUAAUGGCACAGGAAGACGAGCUAUUGGAGUUCUAUUCAGGAAUGUAUUCUGCGUAUAUAAAGCUGCAGAUUAUUCACCAACUCAACGAAUGCUUUGCCGAUUAUCCGAAGAUGCCAUUUGAGUUUCUGAAGCCUGAUCUGUAUUCAGGCCGCACAUUCUACAGAAAGGUGCUUGAAUCGAGCUUUUUACACAUCAACAGGUGUUUGAACUCUUUUGUGUCUCGAGGAGAGUUCAGUGACGAUACAAACGAGUUUUUUAUUUGUAAAAACGUGUCUACGAAUCCAUGGGAUGAGUUUACGGUUGAUUUUGGCCUUGUUCCCAGAUUUGUUUGCAAUAAGGUGAUUGAGAAGAUACUGUAUAUAGGUAAGUGUGCAUUGCUUGUUAGAAAGUACAAUCCUGGUGGUGUGGAUGGGACGCAUGUGCUUGAGAUCGAUGGCUACGCAGAAAGCAAAGGAAAAUGCAUACUUGGAGUUGAAGAUGCAUAUGAAGACUGGCGCAGGCAUGCCUGUCUCGACAUCCUCAGCCAUAAUCUAGCCGAUGAUGUUGAUUUGGCCCUUGCUAUAGCCAAUAAGCAGGUGGAAGAAAGGUUUUUGAAAGACAUGAGGAUCUGGAAGCAUAUAGACGGCGCAAGAAACAGUUUUCUCUUUGGACGAGGCGACUUUAUAGAAACGCUUUUUAUGUAUCUAAAAGAUAGCAGAAACCUCAGCAGCAAGAGUUUCAGUUAUGUUCUUGACAUGGCUGUCAGAAACACAUAUGGACAGGUGGAUGAGUUUGCAUCUAGCCUGGGCGUGUACAUUGUCGAUGAAAAAAACAGAUACGAGAAUUUUGCGCUGUUUAGCCAUGUUGAGUAUCCUGCAAACAUGGUCAUCACGAACGAAUGCAUAUUGAAGCUUGUAAUGGUGUUUCAGUUUCUUUGGAAGCUGAAGCUUGUUGAGCAUCUUGUUCUGAAAUUCUCAGGGAUGGAGCUAGAAAAGCCUACAAGGAUAAGAAUUGCACUGUAUACGAGCUUAGUGUACAAGAUAAGCUAUUUUGUGUUUGAGGAGGUUAUUUCGCUCAGAUGGAGAUUUUCGCUGGCUGGUGGAGAGAUGCCUUUGAAUGACUUGAGGAAGGGCGUGGAAAGAUCGCUUGAUGCCAUUAUAUGCCAAAGCCAGAUUGGAGGAGGAAUGGAAAAGGCUCUUGAUGCACUGAGGGAUUGCCUGAUGGAUGCAGGCACGAGGAUGUCUGUAUUUGACGAUGCAAAGAUACAAAAAGUGCUUUUUGAAAUGGUUGAGAAGUCAGGAAGUAUGCUGAUUGGAACAUCGCUGUCUGAUCUUAGGAAGUAUGUGAUUGUGUAG